AUGCUCGACCCUCGUCCAUUUCACAUCUUAAGCUACGGCACCCUCCUCGGUGUCCAGCUCUACCAGAGCUUUGUCUCCGGAAUAAUUGCCUUCCGCGUCCUCCCUCGUCCGCAAUUCGCAUCCCUCCAAGCCAAGACAUUCCCUACCUAUUUCGCCAUCCAGACCGCGCUCCCUCUCGUCGUUGCGCUGACUGCCUCGCGCAGUGGCCAGCCACUCGGCGUCUUUGGUCUUCUCGAACCAGAGAAUAAAUUCAAAAUCCUCCUCCCGCUCGCGACGGCGUUCGUUACCGGGCUCAUUAACUUGACUGUUCUUCGUCCGUUGACCGUUAAUACGAUGCGGGAGAGGAAGCAUCAGGAAACCCGCGAUGGCAAGAAGAGCUAUGAUCCAGCUCCGCACUCGAAGGAGAUGGUUGCCCUAAACAAGAAGUUUGGUCGGCUGCAUGGGGCGUCUAGCUUGAUAAACAUGGUUACGAUCGGGGUCACUGUUUACUAUGGUGUUGUGCUGAGCAAGAAACUUGCGUAA